GACUCCAUCGUCGCGUCAACACCGUUUUGUUGGAAGAAUUUGUGGUAGGUCACUUUUCAAGGAGUUUGGAUAUUCUUGAAUUUGUUGUAUUUUAGUGAAAUUUUAGAAGGACAUUGCAACUAUGCCGAAUAUUAAACUUCAGAGUUCAGAUGGAGAAGUAUUUGAGGUUGAAGUAGAGAUUGCAAAACAAUCAGUUACCAUUAAGACUAUGUUAGAAGAUUUGGGUAUGGAUGAGGAGGAAGAAGAUGCUAUACCUUUACCUAAUGUGAACUCUGCCAUCUUGAAAAAAGUAAUCCAAUGGUGCACGUUCCAUAAGGAUGAUCCUCCUCCACCAGAGGACGAGGAAAACAAGGAAAAGAGGACGGAUGAUUUAUGCGGUCAUGAUAUAGAAUUCCUCAAAGUAGAUCAGGGCACACUGUUUGAAUUAAUUUUGGCUGCCAAUUAUCUUGAUAUUAAGGGAUUGUUAGAUGCUACAUGUAAGACAGUGGCCAACAUGAUCAAGGGCAAAACACCAGAAGAAAUCAGGAAAACUUUCAAUAUUAAGAAUGAUUUCACACCUGGGGAAGAAGAACAAGUACGAAAAGAAAAUAGCUGGUGUGAAGAGAAGUAAACAGACCUUUUCCCAUUUACUGUAUAUAGGAUUGUGAAUUGCUUUUAUCAACGUACUGAACUUGUUGUACAUCAUCUAGACUGCUUAACCUUAUCCUACCACUGGAAAGAAUCUCAGAUACAUGAGCAUUACUUUUUGCAAGUUAUAUUAACGUGCCGAAUAUUGUUUGUCAAAAAUGGCCAACUUUAAAUAUGCACAAUUCUUUUAGUGUCAUUAGGUGGGCAAAAAUAAAAUCACAUAUAUAAAUUUUAGACAUGUCCAUGCAAAUCUACACAAUAAACUAUAAACUAAUCUAGGUGGAAGGAAA